AUGUCCAAGAAAGAAGACGCGAUGGACACCAGCGGAGCACCAUCAGAACCUGCUGAAACCGGUGAAAAUACGGUAAGGGAAUUGGGACAGAAUGAAUCUUCCUCUGAUACAACUUCAAGGGGUGAUGAUUUUGAUACCAAAGUUGCCUCUGACAGAGGGAAGAGAUUCGACUUUUUACUCAAACAGACAGAGAUAUUCUCCCAUUUCAUGAACCAAAUGAAAACUCCUACCAAGGCAAAAACAGGGCGUCCCAAAAAGGAUAAAGCAGAAGUGGCAGAUCAUCGUCAUCGGAAAACCGAGCAAGAAGAAGACGAGGAACUGCUCGCUGAAACGAACCAAAAAUGCAAACCGACUAUCCGUUUCGACGUGUCACCUCCGUACAUAAAAAACGGGGAGAUGCGAGACUAUCAAGUGCGAGGGCUCAACUGGAUGAUAUCUCUUUAUGAAAACGGCAUAAACGGCAUUCUAGCAGAUGAAAUGGGUCUUGGUAAAACCUUGCAGACGAUCUCUCUGCUGGGCUUCAUGAAGCACUACAAGAACACCGCCGGCCCACACAUCGUCAUCGUGCCUAAAUCGACCCUAUCGAAUUGGAUGAACGAGUUCCAGAAGUGGUGUCCGUCUUUGAAGGCCGUGUGUCUGAUCGGUGAUCAGGAAGCCAGGAGUUCCUUCAUCCGAGACGUGAUGAUGCCUGGCGAGUGGGACGUUUGCGUCACUUCUUAUGAAAUGUGCAUCAAGGAGAAGUCGGUUUUCAAGAAGUUCAACUGGCGGUACAUGGUCAUCGACGAGGCGCACCGCAUCAAGAACGAGAAAUCGAAGUUGUCGGAGAUACUCAGGGAGUUCAAGACGACCAACAGGUUACUGUUGACGGGUACCCCACUGCAAAACAACCUCCAUGAGCUGUGGGCCCUGCUCAACUUCCUGCUGCCAGACGUCUUCAACUCCUCUGAUGACUUUGAUUCAUGGUUUAACACCAACCAGUGUUUCGGCGAUAACGCCCUGGUGGAAAGGCUGCACGCCGUUUUGAAGCCGUUUUUGCUGAGGAGAUUGAAGGCCGAGGUGGAGAAAGGGCUCAAGCCGAAGAAGGAGGUGAAGGUGUACGUGGGGCUUAGUAAAAUGCAGAGGGAGUGGUACACCAAGGUGCUGAUGAAGGAUAUCGAUGUGGUCAACGGUGCCGGAAAGGUGGAGAAGAUGCGCCUGCAAAACAUCCUGAUGCAGCUGCGCAAGUGCACCAAUCACCCCUAUCUGUUCGACGGGGCCGAACCCGGUCCCCCCUACACCACCGACGAGCAUCUGGUGUACAACUGCGGCAAGAUGGUGCUGCUGGACAAGCUGCUGCCGAAGCUGCGCGAGCAGGACUCCAGGGUGUUGAUCUUCUCGCAAAUGACCAGGAUGUUGGACAUCUUGGAGGAUUAUUGCCAUUGGCGGCAGUAUCAGUAUUGCCGGUUGGACGGUCAGACGCCGCACGAGGAUCGUCAAAGGCAGAUCAACGAGUACAACGCCGAAGGCAGCUCCAAGUUCAUCUUCAUGUUGUCGACGCGGGCGGGCGGUUUGGGCAUCAAUCUGGCGACGGCCGACGUGGUCGUUAUAUUCGAUUCGGAUUGGAAUCCGCAGAUGGACCUGCAGGCUAUGGACAGGGCGCACAGGAUAGGGCAGAAGAAGCAGGUCAGGGUGUUCAGGUUCAUCACCGAGAACACCGUCGAAGAGAAGAUCGUGGAAAGGGCCGAAGUGAAACUGCGAUUGGACAAGCUGGUCAUUCAGCAGGGUCGGCUGGCCGACUCGAAGGGCCAGUCGCUGAACAAGGACGAGAUGCUGAACAUGAUCAGGCACGGCGCCAAUCACGUGUUCGCCUCGAAGGACUCCGAAAUCACCGACGAGGAUAUCGAUAGCAUCAUGCAAAGGGGAGAAAUGAAGACCGCCGAACUGGCCCAAAAGAUGGAAUCCCUCGGCGAAUCCUCGCUGCGCAACUUCACCGUAGAAACGCCCACAGAGUCCGUGUAUCAGUUCGAGGGCGAAGAUUAUCGCGAGAAGCAGAAGUCUAUCGGGCUCAGCAACUGGAUCGAGCCGCCGAAAAGAGAAAGGAAAGCCAACUAUGCCGUUGACGCCUAUUUCAGAGAGGCUUUGAGGGUAUCUGAACCGAAAGCGCCCAAGGCUCCCAGACCUCCCAAGCAACCCAUCGUCCAGGACUUCCAGUUCUUCCCGCCAAGGCUGUUUGAACUGUUGGACCAAGAAAUAUACUUCUAUCGGAAAUCGCUCGGCUACAAAGUGCCGAAGAACCCGGAACUGGGCCCGGACGCUGCCAAACAACAGAAGGAGGAACAACGCAAGAUCGACGAAUCCGACCAGCUGUCUGAGGAGGAGCAGCUGGAAAAGGAGCGGCUGCUGCAGCGCGGCUUCACCGCUUGGAGCAAGCGCGAUUUCAACCAGUUCGUCAAGGCGAACGAGAAGUACGGCAGAGACGACAUCGAGAAUAUCGCUCGGGAUGUCGAGGGAAAAACACCCGAAGAGGUGAUGGAAUAUUCUGCUGUAUUUUGGGAGAGAUGUCACGAACUGCAAGAUAUAGAAAGGAUCAUGGCGCAAAUAGAAAGAGGGGAAGCGAAAAUUCAGAGAAGGGCUGGAAUCAAAAGGGCUCUGGACGCUAAAAUGGCCAGGUAUCGUGCCCCCUUCCACCAGCUCCGAAUCUCGUACGGCACGAACAAGGGCAAGAACUACAUGGAGGACGAAGACAGAUUCUUGGUGUGCAUGCUUCACAAGCUCGGCUUCGACAGGGAGAACGUGUACGAGGAAUUACGAGCGGCCGUCAGAGCGUCACCCCAAUUCCGGUUCGAUUGGUUCCUCAAAUCCAGGACGGCGAUGGAGUUGCAGAGGCGGUGCAACACCCUCAUAACCCUCAUAGAAAGAGAGAACGCCGAGCUCGAGGAGAGAGAAAAGAACGAGAAGAAGAAGAAAACGUCGAAAGUGUCGACGGUGAUCGGCGCGCCGACGCCGACCGCCUCCAAAUCGGCGCAGAAGAGGAAGAACGACGGUUCCCUGGGCGGGGGUGAGAAAAAGAAGAAGAAAAAAUGA